UUUUUGCCAACCAGGCUAGAAACACCACAAGCCACACAUUACCAAGACCUAUAAUUAUUCAGCAACGCUUAAUGAGUGAAGUAGUUAAAAAAACCAGAAGCAUUCCUGUAUACUUGAAGAAACGCGGCAUUCCACCCUCGGAGCAGAAUAUACCUCAAGAAACAACAGUUAUUGAGAGCUUGGACGCAACAUCCAGUAUAACUACCAUUAAAAGAAAAGAUUCUUAUACCGAAUUCUUAAAUACGCUUCCCACACUCCAGCAUCCAAGUACCUACAGAGUAGAAUGUGUUUCUACUUCGUUAGAUACGAACCGACUCAUGUGUGAACUUUUCUCAAAGAGUACGAUGUUUGGACUCGACAUGGAGUGGGCACCCACAUUUGUUAAAGGAAGAGGAGAAAACAAAACUGCGUUGGUUCAGAUAUGUGAUGCAAAGUCUAUUUUAUUAAUUCAAUUAUCCCAAACAAAAGAGAUUCCUAUUGAAUUAGGCAGUUUCUUAAAGUCAAGGACAAAGCUUAAAGCCGGUGUAAAUAUUCGUAAUGAUGGAAGGAAACUACUCAGAGACUAUGGUGUGUUUACAAACGGGCUGGUGGAGCUGGAUGUAAUGGCGUCCACAAGUCAAUCUCCAAAACUGGAUAUCACCCAUCGCAGAUCCCUUCAAGCACUUACCGGGAUGUUUCUUGGUCAACACAUGCCAAAGGGAAAAGUUCGUAUGAGUAGGUGGGAUCAACGUGUAUUAACACCUAUACAACAACGUUAUGCUGCUAAUGAUGCUUAUGCUUCAUACAAAAUCUAUGAAAUAUUGUCUGGUUUACAUGAGAAGCUUCCCAGAAAAGUGAAAUUGGAUAUAUGUCACUUAGAAGAUGAAAUGAAAGAUUUCCAACCACAAAAGAGAGCUAGAUUAAGCAAUACAUACACAUAUAAUGACAAACAGAGUAUCAAGAAACCUUACGAAAAAGGUCAACCUUUAGAACCUCGUAAAACACUUUCCCCAAGGUCUACUACUACUAUAGUUAAAAAGGCCGAAUCCAAACAAGACAGUGUAUAAACAACUUGUCUUUUGUAUAGUUCCUUAUUUAUUUUUUCUUUUUAAAAAUAUUUCUGUUAUCAACCAAUCUUUCUUCUUUAAGUUCUUUUGUCUUACUGCUUCUUAUAAUUCUGCAAUCAAAACAUAAACGCACCUUUCAAUAAACACAU